CUUCCUGAGCCUGCGCGGGUACUGCCCCAGGGCCCUGGCCAAGUUCAGAGCCAGCUCUGUGGGAGCCUCUUGCAUAAGCCGCCCUGUGGGGGAUGAGGCUGCAGCUGGUCCUGGACACCCCGCCCCCACAUCACGAGCUGCAGUGGGCUGUCCUUGGGCCUGGGCACAGGCCGAGCCUGGCCAAUAAAUAGGGGUCUCUUCGGUGCCCUCAGCCGCUCCUGCCCACUCCCUUCUCUGUGCGCGCUGCUGGCACCAGGCCUCAGGCUUCCAUCAUGACCUCUUUCCGCUCUCUGUGGAUGGGGCUGCUCCUGCUGGAGGUGUUAGGGCUUCUUGGGGUCCUGCAGCUCGGCGCACAGGCCCAGGUCUUCGUGCAGUCCGACUUCCAAGAGGACAAGUUCAUGGGGCGCUGGUUCAGCGCGGGCCUCGCCUCCAACUCAAGCUGGUUCCUGGAGAAGAAGGCAGUGAUGUCCAUGUGCUCCACCGUGGUGGCUCCCAGCGCAGAUGGUGGCCUCAACCUCACCUCCACCUUCCUCAGGAAGGACCAGUGUGAGACCCGGACCAUGCAGCUGCAGCCCACAGGGACCCCCGGCUCCUACAGCUAUCACAGCCUGCGCUGGGACCGCACCUCCUUGAUCUCCGUGGUGGAGACCAACUACAAUGAGUAUGCGCUGCUGGACACCAAGGGCAUCGACCAUGACUUUCGCAUGGCCACGCUGUACAGCCGCACCCAGACUCCAAGGGCUGAGCUAAAGGAGAAAUUCUCCGCCUUCUGUGAGGCCCGGGGCUUCACAGAAGACACCAUUGUCUUCUUGCCAAAAACAGAUAAGUGCAUGAAGGAGCAGGAAUAGGUGGCCCAGCCCGCAGGCCUCUUCUGCUUCACACCUUCCUCGGAGACCCUGGCCUGAGCUCCCCAAAGCCUCUGCACCUCUCACUUUACCCCAGAUCUGAGAAAUAAAUGGAAGCAAAUCAGA